ACAAAGAUUUUAUUUUGCACCACAAAAUUGAGACCUUAAAGGAGGACGAAAUGGGGUUUAACAUUGGAUCAGCUCUUACAAUGGUAGGCAUUGUAUCAUGCCUUGUAUCUGUUGCAGAUGCUGCUGAAGGAAUUGCCGUUUUCUACAAACCUCCUUAUACUCCCUCCAAAUGCUAUGGAAAUAGGAAUAAUGGAGUUAUGGUAGCUGGGGUGAGUGAUGCCCUGUGGAAUGGUGGAGCAGCAUGUGGGAGAAAAUACAGAGUGUCAUGCGUACGAGGAGCAAAUCAAGCUCCAAGACCUUGCAGAAAAGGUAGUGUAGUAGUCACAGUAGUCGAUUUUUGUAGAAAAGGAUGUAAUGGAGUCAUCAAUCUCUCUCAAGAUGCUUUCUCCCGAAUUGCUGAUCCUAAUGCUGGCAAAGUUGUUGUUCGAUACGAUCAGGCUUGAGGGUUUAAUCAUGGGAGAAGGCUGUUUCGAGACCAAGCUGAUCUUGUUACUGUUAAAAUAAAAUGGCUCGUUAUGGAACUGGUCUGUUUCAUCGAUGAUGUACGACUUAUGUAAAAUCAAUCGAUCAAAUGAGAAUUGUCUGAAGUGAGAUACUUUUGAGAUCGUAC